AUGCAGAGGACUUCACUUGGUUACCACGGCGCCCGGACCUACCCUCCCUGUCUACUGGAGUGGACCGCCAACCGCAAGAGAGCUCACACCGUGCUACAGAUACACUGUUACAAUGGUCAGGACAACACCGUGCUACAGACACACUGUUACAAUGGUCAGGACAACACCGUGCUACAGACACACUGUUACAAUGGUGUGUCCUUCCUGUGUCCACUGCACUCAUGGACCACUGGGGAGGUCCUGGCCAGAGACAUCUUACAGCACAUUGGUGUGUCUGAGGGAGGGCGGGGCUGGUCUGUGUUGCUACGGGAACCGUCCCAGUGGGUGGAGCUGGAGGGCGGUGACUACGUGUUUGACUUGAUCUCAGACCUAGAGUUGCCAGCUGACUUCUCCAAACAGAAGAACUACUUCAUCAUAUCAGCACAGGACUCCAGCAGGCUCAGGACUGAUGCUAGCAUUAGCCUGUUGGGCAGUGGGUUUGGACCAGAUGAAGGCCUCUCCAGACUCUCCAUGCACACCACCAGCAGACACAGCUCUGGGGGGCUCUACGGACAAGACUCAGAGCCCCAGAGAGGGAUGGACCGUUACCUUGAUAGCCUGUUCGACCAUGUUCUCUCAGACGGCACUGGAGACCAGGAGCAUCCAUCUGGUCUCUCCAACAGGAUGCAGGGGGGUGGGGGUGUCGGGGGGGAUAGAUGGGACCCCCAGCCGGGCUCCAGCACCUCUUACUCCACCCAGCCACCCCCCGGAGCGGUGAGGGUUUUGCCGAUGUUGCCGGUGGUCCCGGUGGCUCCGGUGGCUCCGGUUGCUUCUGUAGUAGAUCAACAGCAUGCUGUCAUGGCCCAGCAGCAACACGCCAUCAUGAACCAACAGGCCAUCAUUAUGGCCCAGCAGAUGACAAUGCAGGCCAUGGCUUUAGUAACAUCCCCCAUGACCUCGCCACCCACCUCCCCCCUCACCUCACCCCCCAUGAGCCCCCUCCUCCCCCACUCCCUUCCUCCUAGCCCCUACACACAUUUCCCCCCGAGCCCAUAUGCUAGCAUCACUCCUAGCCCUUAUGCCACUUCCAGUCCAGCCAGCCCGUAUGCUGUCAUGCCUCCCAGCCCCUAUGCUGUUUCCCCUGCCACCUCCAGGUCAGCCAGCCUCCCUGACCCCUAUCCUGCCCCCCAGAGCAAGACCCCUACACCCAACUCCACUACCCAGCCUUCCCCUGUCUACCCUGGGGCUAGCCAGCCCACCAGUCCUGAGGUACAGCCAUAUCCAGCCAGCCUCCCUGACCCCUAUCCUUCCACCCAGGCCACGACCGCAGGUAAAGACGCGGUUCCUCAUCAGAAGUCUCCAGCCUUCCCGAUCAACAAGGAACCUGCCAGGAAGUUUGCCCCGGUGGUGACCAGUCCUGCUCCCCCUGCUGCUGAGGUGGUGAAGUCAUCAGUGUUGCCUCAGGUAGACAUCGUACCCAGCAGUAACAUCAAGGAUAUCAUCAGACAGUACGACUCUCCUCCGCCCGUGACUGAUACCCUACCGCCCGGCAAGAGGAGACCAGAGGGGAAGUUUAUGAAGAUGCAGAAUCCUCGUGAUGAAGCUCUACAGAUCCUCAAACCUCAGAUGGACAACCCACCACCACAGCCCAAGCGUCCGUUAGGCCCAAGCCCCUCUGCGAUGGCUCUAAAGGAAGCAGGGAUUAACCCCACCAAGAGGGCCAAGAAGAGGGUCCCUGAACGCCCUCAACCACUCCCUCUACCAGUAUCGCGAGAGCUGCCAGUGGAGGCGGAGACUAUUCAGACCCAGCUCCAUCGCAGCACAACACAAGAACACUACACCUACACCAACGUACCCUGGAAGAUCUACAUCAGGAAGGAGGUGUUCUACCCUAAAGACAGCUUCAACCAUCCCCUGGUGCUGGACCUCAUUUUCAAACAGAUAGUGAAUGACACUCUGUCUCAGGCAUGUGUUAGAAUCUCCAAUCAGGAGAGAAUGAAGAUGAAGUCUCUGUUUGAGAAACAUGGUGUAGAGCGGAACACGGACACAGUGGACGAGGCGGUGAAGAAGGAGGUUGUCACAGUAGCCAAGGAAUCCUGGGAUAUUUAUUUCUCAUGCCUAUUUCCUGCCUCUGGUAGUGCAGGUACAGGGGUACAGGUGUUGUCCGUGUCUCACACCGGGAUCAGGCUCCUGAAGACAGUGAAGAGCAGCACUGAAGAGUCGGACUACUUCAGAGUCCUACGACAUUACAC